GUGGCCCAGGCCCUGCCCCUGCCGUCCGGAACUCCAGAGCUGGUGCAGGAGGUCCCGGAGGUCUGUGCUCAUGGCUGCCUCCUUGCUCGCCCGGGCCCGUGGCCCUCUCCGCAGAGCCCUCCGCGUUCGGGAUUGGCGAAGGUUACACACCGUUUACCAGUCUGUAGAGCUCCCUGAGACACACCAGAUGUUGCGUCAGACAUGCCGAGACUUUGCUGAGAAGGAGCUGGUCCCUAUUGCAGCCCAGCUUGACAGGGAGCAUCUCUUCCCCACAGCUCAGGUGAAGAAGAUGGGUGAGCUCGGGCUGCUGGCCAUGGAUGUGCCGGAGGAGCUGAGCGGUGCGGGCCUCGAUUACCUGGCCUACUCCAUCGCCCUGGAGGAGAUAAGCCGCGGCUGCGCCUCCACGGGAGUUAUCAUGAGCGUCAACAACUCUCUCUACUUGGGACCCAUCCUGAAGUUUGGAUCCGCUCAGCAGAAGCAACAGUGGAUCACCCCUUUCACCAAUGGUGACAAAAUCGGCUGUUUUGCCCUCAGUGAGCCAGGCAACGGUAGUGAUGCUGGAGCCGCUUCCACCACUGCCCGGGAAGAGGGUGACUCGUGGGUCCUCAACGGCACCAAAGCCUGGAUCACCAACUCCUGGGAGGCUUCCGCCACGGUGGUGUUUGCCAGCACAGACAGGUCCCGGCAGAACAAGGGUAUCAGUGCCUUCCUGGUUCCCAUGCCAACUCCUGGGCUCACGCUGGGCAAGAAGGAAGACAAGUUGGGUAUCCGGGCCUCCUCCACAGCUAACCUCAUCUUUGAGGACUGCCGCAUCCCCAAGGAGAACCUGCUCGGGGAGCCUGGGAUGGGCUUCAAAAUAGCCAUGCAAACCCUAGACAUGGGUCGCAUUGGCAUAGCCUCCCAGGCUCUAGGCAUCGCCCAGGCCUCGCUGGACUGCGCUGUGAAAUAUGCCGAGAACCGCAACGCCUUCGGGGCACCGCUCACCAAGCUCCAAAACAUCCAGUUCAAGCUGGCAGACAUGGCCCUGGCUCUGGAGAGUGCCCGCCUGCUGACCUGGCGCGCUGCCAUGUUGAAAGACAACAAGAAGCCUUUCACCAAGGAGUCCGCCAUGGCCAAGCUGGCUGCAUCGGAGGCUGCCACCGCCAUCAGCCACCAGGCCAUCCAGAUCCUGGGCGGCAUGGGGUACGUGACCGAGAUGCCAGCUGAGCGGUACUACCGAGAUGCCCGCAUCACUGAAAUCUACGAAGGGACCAGCGAAAUCCAGAGACUGGUGAUCGCUGGGCAUCUGCUCCGGAGCUACCGGAGCUGAGCCCCUCCUCAGCCUUGCCUGCCUGCGGACCGAGGCAGAGGGCAGAGCCUCAUGGCUUAACUUUGAGGUCUGGGCAGAGCAUAAAGGGACUUGCCUCUCGCUCUGCCUGUUCUGCCCCUCAUUGUAGCCCCCUAGUCAGACUUGGGGGGGGGGGAGUCUGUCUCAGGAAGAGGGGAGGCCAGCUGCUGUGACCUGCGACAGGGAAAUCAGUUGUCAGCUCAGAGCUGAGCUUGACGGCCUCUUUACCCCCACCAACAGUGCCUCUUUCUUCAUUUGAGCCCCUUGGAGGCUGAAUGACCCUGGCCCUCCCAGUGCCGUUCCCAUGAGCCCUCGGAGGCAAGAACACAAGGGACAGGACAGGGGUCAGGAGGGGGAGGGGUGGCCCAGAUGGCACGGAGUUUCAGUGUUUGAGUCCCCGGGGUUGCAGUGGGUCCUAGGGCCCUCGCUGGAGGUCAAGUGCGCGCAGCUGCGUGUUCUGCCGUAGAACGGCCUGCGUCCAAUAAAGCUCACCUGUGCCC